AAUAGGCGGUGUUAACGUAACUUAUUUAGUUCAAUCAAUUAAAGUAUUUUCAAUGAAAUUUGUACGCUAAAUAAGUUUAAAACUUACAUUUAAAGAGUUUUUUCAUAUUUAAGUAAAAUAACAACACAAAUGUGCCGGAGUUCCGUGUGUUAAAAGAUAAAACCAGGCGUUUCCAUGGGCGUUAACUUCAGGCAGCUAACAAAAUCGGAAUUAUGAAUUUCAUAUCAAUAUACAUAUCAUUACUGAUAUCACAAUGCUAUGCCCAAGAUUACAAUCCUACAUAUGACCCGAGCCAGCCGAGCCCAACCAAUGACUACUUUAACACAAAUCCAAAUGACCCAAGAUUUGAUGACAAGCGAUAUGAAAAUCCUUAUGACCCUCGGAACCCAACAAAUCAGUACAAUAACCCAUAUGACACCAGAAAUCGGUACCCAGACCAGAGGUACAAUCAGUUUGAUAAUAGAAAUGAUCUAAAUUAUAAUCAGAAUAGAAAUGAUCCGAAUUUUCCACAAGAUGUAACUCCAAGAGCAUCAUGGGACAUACAGAGGUCUUACAGUAGUCCUGGUGCUAAUGUGGAAAUGGAAGGACUUGUGGUGAGAGAAGCCACCUACUUCAUAGUCGCCUCCCGCAUGGUCCGGCCGGGACAGAUCUACAAGAUCUCUGCCAACAUUCUGCGCGCGCGCAUGCAAAUGACCGUGCGCGCGUCUAUCUCGCGCGACGGCGUCGAGAUGACUGACGUUAGCAUGAGGGUGAAGGAGGGAGUGCCGGAGAUACUUAAUUUGAGGGUCCCACCGACAGCGGUUCCUGGCGACUACAAGCUCCGCAUCGAAGGCCUAUACCUUGACAAUCCGUUCGGCGGGCGCGCCUUCGUCAACGAGACGGCUCUGACGUUCUCUCGCCGCUUCAUGACCAUCUUCAUACAGCUAGACAAGCCCGUCUACAUGCAGGGACAGACUGUGCGUUUCCGCGCGAUCCCGAUCUCGACGGAGCUGAAAGCAUUCGGGCGCGCCAUUGAUGUUUUCAUCCUGGACCCCAAUGGCCGCAUCAUGAAACGGUGGCUUUCGAGACAGAGUAACUUCGGUACAGUGAGCCUGCACUACCAGCUUUCUGACCAACCGUUAUUCGGCGAGUGGACCAUCCGAGUGGAGGCGCUGGGCCAGAUGGAGGAAGCUCAGUUCUUGGUGGAAGAGUACUAUCAGACCAGAUUUGAGGUGAACGUGACAAUGCCUGCGUUCUUCUUCAACACAGAGCAAUACAUCCACGGACGUAUCAUGGCCAAUUACACCUCAGGAGCCCCCGUGAGAGGCAACCUCACUCUUAAAGCGACUGUCAGACCGAUCCCGCAGUACCGCCCGCGGUACUAUAGGGAGGGCCAGUUCAAUAAUAGAGGACAGUUCGGCGUACCGCCUGUGGGGUACAACAAUAAUCAGUAUUCCAGAGUCCGUCCCAACUUCAACCCAUACCUAUACAACGAGAGCUACCAGCAAUACGAGUACGGGUUCCCAGACGAAUACGCCAGGCCAGACCAUCGACAUUUGCCAGGGCAACCCAACCAAAUAGACCAGCCUGAUUGGUGGUACGACCCGCAGAAGGUCUACACAAGGAUGUUCAAUUUUGAUGAAAAAUACCCGUUCUGGAUGGAGAAACCGCAUUUGUACGACAACCAGUACGGGUCCGAUUAUGCCAACCAGUACAACUCGUACAACACACAGAACAACGCCAACACGCAGUACAACAACUACUACAACAAUCCAUCGUACUACGACAAAUUACCGUACUUGAGAUAUUUCAACGGCACAUUCGACUUCAAAUACCCAAUGUCAGAGCUAGCCCAGCUAGUGCCCACGCUAGACGGCGUGGAAGUCAUCAUCACAGCGUCCGUGGGAGACCCGUUCCUGGACGACGUCAUCGAAGGCUACAGCAUCGCGAGGAUCUUCAACUCUUCCCUGGCUGUGACGUUCCUUGGUGGGACGCCGCAGGUGUUCAAGCCGCACAUGCCUUUUGAUGUCUACAUGGUCGUGUCGUACCACGACGGGUCUCCGCUGCCGCGCUGGCAGGCGGCCGGCGUGUCGCUCACCGUGCACGUGACGGUGGAGGGCCGCGGCGGCGGCGUGGAGCCGCAGCACCCCACGCUCGUGCCCGGCCACGACGCAGUGUGGCGGCUCAAGCUCGACCUCUAUAAACUACUCAAACUCCAAAACGAUCCGAACUACCGAGACGUCUUAAACGGCGUGACCGGCGUCCGCCUGAGCGCGUCGCUCAGCGACGGCGGCGGCGCGCGCGCCUCCGCCGACCUGCACGUGGUCGCGCACUACAGCCCCAAGCACCAGCACAUACGGAUAUCCACCAGCACCACGGACGCGAGGGUGGGCGAAUACAUAAUCUUCCACGUGCAGACCAACUUCUACAUAGAAUCUUUUAACUACGUCGUUAUGUCCAAGGGCAUCAUUCUCACCAGUGGACAAGAAAAUAUGGAGGAUGGCGUCCGAACGUUCGCGGUAACGUUGUCUGCGGAGAUGGCGCCCGUGGCUACCGUGGUGGCGUGGGGCGUGGAGCGCCACGGACGCGUGCUGGCCGACUCGCUCACCUUCCCCGUCAACGGCAUCUCCCGGAACAAGUUCUCAGUAUCUAUUAACAAUCGCAAACAUCGCACGGGCGAGCGAGUGGAGAUCGCCAUAUACGGCGAGCCCGGGGCCUACGUCGGUCUGUCGGGCAUCGACAACGCCUUCUACACCAUGCAGGCUGGCAACGAACUCACGUACGCCAAGGUGAUAUCACAAAUGUCCCACUUCGACGAGGCGACCAACGGGACGUUCGCGUACACAUGGCGUUCACAUAUUGGCGUCGCGGACCAGUUGGUUUACUUCCCGUCCUCCACCUUCGGCAUCGACGCGAAUACAACCUUCGAGUACGCCGGCCUAGUGGUGUUCAGCGACGUGCCGGUGACGCAGCGGCCGAACGCCUGCAACGCGUCGCUGGGGCUGGGCUCCUGCCUCGAGGGCGGCUGCUACCCGCUCGGCAAGCGCUGCGACGGCGCCUCGGACUGCGCCGACCACACCGACGAGGCCAACUGCCAGCACGACAACAGCUUCGAGCUGUCCCACUUCCGCAAGUUCCGGUUCAACCGCGUGCAGCGGCAGUACGACAACGUGUGGCUGUGGCGCGACGUGAACAUCGGGCCGCACGGCCGCUACGUGUUCACGGCGGACGUGCCGCGCGUGCCCGCGCACUGGACCGUGUCGGCCGUCAGCAUGUCGCCCACCAGCGGGCUCGGCAUGCUGCAUGAGCCGGAGCAUUAUGUGGGAGUGUUGCCAUUCUUCAUCCAAGUGGAAGGUCCCGACCGUUGCCGCCAGGGCGAGCAAGUGGGCCUGCGUGUGGUCGUGUUCAACUACCAGCCGCAAGCGGUGGAGGCGGUCGUCGUACUGUCUGCUUCACCUGACUACAAAUUCGUGCACGUCGAGGAGAAUGGCAUCGUCCGCUCGUACAACCCGCGCACGUCGUUCGGCGAGCACCAGUUCUUCGUGUACAUCGCGGCCGGCGACGCCGCCACCGUGCACGUGCCCGUCGUGCCCACCCGCCUCGGCGACGUGCACGUGCACCUGCACGCCUCCACGCUGCAGGGCCAGCAUAAAUACACCAAGAAGAUCACUGUCGAGGCGGACGGUCUUCCCCAGCACCGGCACCAAUCAGUCCUCCUCGACCUGUCCAACCGCGCCUACGUGUUCCAGUACAUGCACGUCAACGUCACCGAGACGCCCAUCAUCCCCUACGAGGUCGACCGCUACUACGUGUUCGGCUCCAACCGGGCCAGGGUUUCUGUUGUUGGAGACGUGGUUGGGCCACUGUUCCCCACGAUGCCCAUUAAUGCUACGUCCCUACUGAGGCUACCCAUGGAUUCAGCGGAACAGAACAUGUUCAGCUUCGCCGCCAACAUGUACUACACUCUCUACAUGCGUCUCAUCAAUCAACGCAACAGGACCUUGGAGAAGGACGCGUUCUACCACAUGAACAUACUUUACCAACGCCAGUUGUCCUUCAUGAAGCCCGACGGGAGUUUCAGCCUGUUCCGAAGUGACUGGAACCAAUCUGCCUCGAGCGUGUGGCUGACGUCGUUCUGCGCCAAGAUCUUCCAGGACGCCUCGUUCAACGAGUGGGAGAACUUCAUCUAUAUCGACCCGGAUGUAAUCUCGCAGGCGGUGUCGUGGGUGCUGGAGCACCAGGCGGCGGGCGGCGCGUUCUACGAGGUGACGUGGCUGCCGGACCGCAACCAGAACUCCACCAUCCACGUGCCCCGCGACCACCCCAAGAUACGCGACAUGCUGGGCAUCGGAGGGGUCCGGGACGUGUUCGGCUCCGCCGCGACUGAGAUAAAUAACACAAUAAUACUACAACGGAACAUCACGCUGACUGCUCAAGUAGUCAUUACCCUCGAAACCGUCAAGAAUCUCAAGGACAUCGGUGUCAGAGAGGGUCUGUCGGCGCGCGUGUCGCAAGCGCAGCAGCGCGCCGUGUCGUGGCUGGAGCAGCACCUGAAGCUGCUGCAGGACUUCGGCGACCCUUACUCCAUGGCCGUGGUGGCGUACGCGCUCACCGUGGCCAAGGCCUCCAGCUCCGAGCACGCCUACAAGCUGCUCAAGGGCUUCCAGCGAGAUGAAGGUGGACUAGUGUACUGGGGAAAAGAGCGCGUCCCGCAACCCCCCUUCAAGAUGGAGAACCAAAAACCGUUCUUCCUCCCCCGCCUGCCAUACAAAUACGACUCGUACAACAUCGCCGCCACCGCCUACGCGCUGCUCGCGUGCAUGGACCACCAGGACAACAACGAGGCCAUCGUCAUGUGGCUCAACUCCAUGAGGCUUACGGACGGCGGCUGGGCUUCCACUCAGGACACGUACGUGGUUCUACGCGCGCUGAUCGAGUACACGAACCGCAAGCGGCUCCGCGACGUGUCGGCGCUCACCGUGACCGUGGACGCCGUCGCGCUGAAGGGCGCCUCGCGCGUGCUGCACGUGGAGAACGACAACCUCGCCGUCAUGCAGUACAUCGACAUCCCAGAAGCGUGGGGAACGGUGAAAGUGGAAGCCCGCGGUGCCGGCUACGCCAUCCUGCAGAUGUCCGUGACCUACAACGUGGACAUCCCGCGCUUCCAGACCGACCCUCCCGCGCGCGCCUUCUCUCUACUCGCACACGCGCACUUCUACGGGCGGAACCAGUCGCACAUCGAGUACCAGGCCUGCGCCAGCUGGACGUACCUCGAGGAGUCCCCCCGCUCCGGCAUGGCGGUGCUGGACGUGGCCAUCCCCACCGGCUACAUGAUCCAGCAGCAGCGCCUCGACGCCUACGUGCUGUCGCGCCGCGUGGCGCUGCUGCAGCGCGCCAAGUAUCUGCCCGCGCAGCUGCUGUUCUACUUCCACUACUUGGACUCGGAGAUGACGUGCGUCAACUUCACGAUCGAGCGCUGGUUCCCGGUUGCCAAUAUGUCUCGCUUCCUGCCUAUCCGCGUCUACGACUAUUACGCGCCCGAGCGCUACAACGAGACUAUCUUCGACGCGCUGCCCACGUACCUACUCAACAUCUGCGAGGUGUGCGGCUCCUCGCAGUGCCCCUACUGCUCCGUCUACAACGCGGCGCCCGCCGCCCCCUCCGCCGUCGCUGCGCUGCUGCUCGCGCUGCUCGCCGUGGCGCGCCAUCUGUGGGGCACAAACACGUAACACGCAUAGGGAAUAUAGGGACGCGCAUCAUCUAUACUCUGUAUCUUUAGGUUACAAUGUAAACAAACAAUAUCAGGUAGUUGUAACAUUUAUUGGUUAACCAACUAAAUACAAAACCGCCCGGAUCUGUCACUGAACGACCUGACUUUAACCUGCAUUAUUCAAUCAUGUUGUGUUUUCAUCUACCCUCAACGGACUUAAGGAGCCAUUUGAGGAUAGAUUUUGUUUAUUUUUAUUUAAAUACCUAAAAAUACGGAGUGUAAUAAUUGACCAUUUCUAAACUUUCUUGGAAGGAGAUAAGGUUUACUGAUGGUUAAGUGUUGUUUUUAGAACAUUUCUAUUAUUUGGAGUGUUUCCACUUAAACGUGAUCGACAGUAAAUAAAAUCCAAUAUAGUAGUGUUCGGUAUGUAAAGGUGAAAUGUUAUAAUUUGAUAAAUAGAUCCCUUUUAGACCUAUGAAAGAUUUUUGUAUGAUUAAGCUUGAUAACAAUGUUUUAUAGAGUCUGUGCGGAAAGAGAAGAGUCGUAGAAUGUAUGAGAUCUCUUACAUUCCACGACUCUUCUCUUUCCGCACAAACUAGUUUGCAAGGAUAAACAUUUGUGGUCUACCUCCCCAUAAACUAUACCAUUAAUUGCUGAUAGGAUAUAUCAGUAAAAUUAUAGUUUUUUUAAAGAAAUGAUGUAGCACUACUAAAUAGUAGAAAAUAUCUCAUCAUGGUAUCCAUGAAUUACUCUGUAUGAAUAAAUACCUAGUUUAGCUCCAGUGAGUUGUCUGCACUCUAUGCCUGCAUUGACUGAAUUUGAAUCUCAAAUAGUUCAUGAAUAUCUAAUAAUGUAUACUAACUAAACAAUACAUAGGGACAAUUCCGUACAAGUGUUCAUAUCAUCGACAAAGCAGCGCUUGAUUUUAGUUUCAGCAAUCAAAAUCAUGUUUUUUUGUAUAAUUAAAAAAAUAGAAAUAUACGCUCAUGUACGGAAUUGGCCCUAUGACGGAUUUGGCAGCAUUGAUCUUACUUAUAAGUUAUAUUUUCAUCUUCCAAUUAAACAUCGCCAAUACCGUACUUAUUUUCUUUUCUAUGUAUAAAAUACAAUAUACACGUUUUGUAAUGUGUAAAAUUUUAUAUAAAAAAUAUAGAUUUAGGAUUUCAAUCAUAUUGACAUAUUAUUUUGUCAUAUGUAUUGGCAGCUAAAUGUACCAAGGCAGUUAUUUGAAUAUGACUAUGAACUGCAUUUAUGACCUUUGAUUAAUGGUAGUUUAUUAUAGAAUCUCUUUGUUAUUGUAUAGUUUAGAUGAUUUUUAUUAACCACCGUUUGAUGUUAGCUUAACAAUAUUAUGAUUUAAAUUUGCUUUUGCUGUACUAAACUAUGCCUACUGUCUGAAAAUAUUCCUUUAAAAAAAGACAUUUCAUUUUCUUUUCUAGUGUACCUGUCUUUGUAGACGUAAAAAAUAUAGCAACCUGACUAUUAUCUGACCGUGUCCUAUUCAUUCCAAAAUAUUUAGUAUUUAGACUAAAUCAGACUAGGCUUAGUAAUAGGCGGGUCCACACAGAGCGAGCAGCCUCGGGAGGAAAUUUCUUCGCGCGGCUAACGCUUGCCUCGCGCGGCCGUUGCUCGACAACUUUUGCCUCACCCGAGCCAAUUUGCUCGGCAAGAUGUUGCUUUUCUUGUACAUCUGUACAUACCUGUCAAUGUGAAUGUUUUUUCAUGUCCAUCAACAUCUUUAACUUUCUCGUUUUUCACACACAUUUUAGUUGUAGGUAUUCUAUUAUACUCGUCUUCUGUUAUGCCGAUGUUCUAUUCGUUGGUGCUGUCAGCAUUUAUUUCCUUCUUUUCAUUUAAAUUUGUUCAUACUUAUCUUUAUAAUAUACUGCAACAUAUCUGAAAUGAACAUUCUAAAACUUCUAAAUUGAGAGAAAUAGUUUAAAAUGUAGCAUAAAAUGCAACCUUGCCUUUUGGAAAAAAAAAUUAUGGCAUUACAACCAAUUUAAUGUAUAUAAUUUUAGACCUUAGUGUGUAAGCUUAGAUGUAAGAAUUCUUUUAUUAUUUCCCCUUUGUCAUGAUGAAUGAAAACAUUGCAAUACUGAAUCACAUGUCAAUAACAUUGCCUUGUUAGUUUUGUAUGAAAAAAAAAAUUAAAUCACAAAAUAUUUUUGUAGAGAAUUAAAAUUAUGGAGUUACGUAGACAUAAAUUAAGUAGAUUGUUUGUGAUUAUUUAUGUAAAAUUUCUAAUCAAAAGACAAUAUAAAAAAAGAUGAAAUGUUAUGCAAAGUUGAUGUACAAAAUGUAAUCUCCCGUCCAGGUGUAUCUCGUCAAAUAUAAAAUAUAUUUAAUAACAUAUUAUGGAAUGAAUCUCAAGCUUCAUAAUGUUACUUAAGUAGUUUCCGUCCAAAUUACCAAUGACUGAUUUUUUAUUAUUUUUUUAUAUGUAUUUGUGUCUAAGUUGUACAACUUGUACAUGGUUAGUAGGAAUGAAAUCUCAAUUUUGACUUCAUAGAUUUAUUUCCAAAUAAAAACCUUAUGCAAAAUAUCUAAA